AUGUACUCCCUUAACGGUGAGCCGUACUGCUUGUACGGAGACGCAGCUUAUGCCGUCAACCAGUAUGUACUUGGGCCGGUCAAGGGAAUUCGGGAACAUUGUGAUCAAAUCAUAAACAGGAUUACGGAAAUCAAGAGGACAGAUGGAGAUGCAAUGAAGAACAAUCUGAAUAAAGCAAAUGCAGAAGUUUUGGAUAUAGACUAUAGGAACAAAUGCAUCUCGAGUCUGUAUAAAUACGGAUAUCUUUCUACAAUAGUCAGCACUAAACCCUUAACGCCUGGAGGAAUCUGCUUAUCUUCGGAUGGGGGACUCCUGGUCACGCUGACAGAUGAAUUAUCAGAUACAUUUAAAUUACAACCAUGCAGUAGACGUUUGGUCAGGCACCUGAAGAUAAAUGGUGAUCUCAUCCAUGAUUAUGAAUACCAGGAGGAUGGUCAGACCAGAAUUUUUGUCCAACCAACCAGUGUUGCUCAGAAUGGGAAUGGAGACAUCUGUGUUCUUAACCAGUCAGGUGAUAAGACGGGCGAACUGGUUCUCUUGUCUUUCUCUGGUCGAACUAAGUCUGUCUAUGGCGGAAGAACAUGA